AUGAAUAGUUUUGUAGUCAUUGCCCUUGUUGGGCUGUCUAUUGCUUCGGCCCAAUUCCCAAGCUUUACUCAACAGCAGUUUGGUCAACGACCACAGAUCGGUGCACCUCAGCCACAACAGUUUGGUAGCCAACGACCACAAUUCAGUGGGCAACAAUUCGGCCAACAACAGCAAGCUGGUGGACAACAACAAUUCAGACCUCCAUUCAGUGGACAACAACAACAGCAAGCUGGUGGACAACAACAAUUCAGACCUCCAUUCGGUGGACAGCCACAGCAGCAAGCUGGUGGACAACAACAAUUCAGACCUCCAUUCGGUGGACAGCAACAACAGCAAGCUGGCGGACAACAACAAUUCAGACCUCCAUUCAGUGGACAACAACAACAGCAAGCUGGUGGACAACAACAAUUCAGACCUCCAUUCGGUGGACAACAACAGCAACAAUUCGGUCAACAAUCACAAUUUGGAACCCAGCAACCACAAUUCGCAACCCAACCACAAUUCGGAGGGCAACCACAAUUUACACAGCAGCCAAAUGGUAACCAACAGCAAUUCCAGCAAACACCUCCUCUUGCUGCCAUCAGUCAGCCAGCCAUUGCUGCCUAA